GCCAGCGGGCUGCGACCGCCGACUUCGAUCCUCUGAGCACGCUGCGUGGGACCUGGGCUCUCACUCGACGACUGCAUUGCUAGCCUGCAUUACUCUAUGCAUUGCUGGCCCCGCCCUGAGACUGCUGCUCGACCGCUCUCAGGCCGGCGGCACAUCUUCGCGCCUUUGCGCCCUCGAGCCUCCACCUCCGCGCUGCUGCACGCGUCGCCGACGCCUGCGCGCAUUCUUUCUCUGAGCGCGGCAACAUGAUGGCCGCGUAUCAACCCACGCCUGGAGGCGUGCACCCAGGCAUGGCCCAUGGUCACCCGGGAAUGGGCCCGAAUCCAGGACAACACAUGGGACAGCCAAUGCAAAUGCAUCCGGGCGUCACAGCCCCACCACAUCAAGGAGCCGCAAUGAUGAGUAUGCAGCCUGGUGCAACGGGCAUGGGCCCAGCAGGAAUGGGCGGACAACAUCCUGGUGCUGGGAUGGCUAUGCCCGCGCAAAUGGGUGGCCAGAGUAUGGCUGGCGGCGUACCCAACGCACAAGCCUUGAGCCACAUGACUGCGCAACAGCAGAUGGCUCACCAGCACCAAUUCGCACAGAUGGCUUCGAAUCCGAAUUUGGCUCAGCAGCAUCACAUGAUGCGCAUGCGGCAACAACAAAUGAUGGCCCAGCAAGCGCAAGCUAGUGGCAUGAUGCAACCUGGGAUGCAGAUGAAUCCCCAGUUGGCACAAUUGCAGCAACAUCAGCAAGCCCAGCAAGCUGUUCAAGGUGGAGGCCAACAGGUGCAGCUGACACCGCACUUGCAGCAGCAGCAGAUGCAGAUGAUGCAACAGCAGGCUCUGCAGCAGAGGCAAGCUGCUCAGCAACAGCAUCAGCAGAGUCAAAUGGCCCAGCAAAUGGCCAUGCAGCAUGCAAACUCUCAGCAGAGUAACCCAGGUCAAUCUGCGGCUCCCAAUCCUCAAGCGCAAGCCGCCAAUGCUGCAGCUGCAGCACAACAGAUGCGGCCACAGUCGCGGGUAGCCAACCCCAAUGAACAGACCCCUACCAACCAGCAACAACAUUCGCAGCAAAGCCCGGCCCAGCAAGGUCAACCUCAGGCACAGCAAACGCCGCAACAAGGCCAAGCAGCUAUGGCGCAGCCCCAACCGCAACAGCAGCAAGCUUUCCAACAGCAGCGACAACAGCAGAUUGCAUUUAUGCAGCGGCAGCAAGCAAUGCAAGCACGCAUGGCCCAGCAACAGCAAGCAGCCUCGGCGCAAGGGGGCAUGUUUAUCCUCAGGCUAAUGCACUUCAACGACCACCUCAGCAACUUCACGCCGGACAACGACAGCUCCGCGGCCAAUGGCAGGAAUAUCAUGCACUGGCACAGCUUUGUGGAGAAACACUUCGCAGGUGAUGGCCGGCUGAUACACAGCUUCGCCAACUCCGACCAGAAUGGCAACCCUAGCAGAAGGUCGUUUGAGGUUCUGCGACCCAAUGUCGCCCGCUAUUUCUAUACGUAUUUUGACUCGGGGGCGAGUUCGCUACGAUUGCACACAGAGCACGCACGAGAAGUUCCGCAUCCCAGCGGCAGCCACCAAGUCACCUGUCAGAAGGCGAUAUUCUCAGUAUCAUAUCCGAACGGUGCGCGGCUGGAAAUGACAGGCUCGUUACAGGUUCUGUACUCUGCCGGGUCGGACCUGAUCGAGUGUUUAUCGUUUCAAACGAUGAGCACGGAGGAAAUUCUCUCUCGAACCCAGAUCGAGAAAGUCCUUACUGAUUUCUCCCCAACCAUGUCCACCAAAGCGUCACCCAAGAUGACUAAGAACAAACUUCCGAAGGCGCAGCAAAAGCUCCAGGAAGCAGAGAAUCGGAUCACGAUAGAUCAUUUUCCCAAGACACCGAAGGGCUCCAUGGGCUUCACGUCCAAAGUACAGCAUUUCUUAGAGAUCGGCGAGACCAUGAACAUCAUGUCUGAUCUGAUGCAUGCCGCGCAAGAAAAGAAGAUGCGGCCUGAACAAGCACUGGAAGCGCUGGUGGCCGAAUACGACAACCCUCAGAUCAGCCUACCUCCCAAUGGAGUACCUCAAGGCUCACGAACGCCGAGCAUGGCGAAUAUGCAGAUGGGCCCCAACGGGCAGUUCUCAUCGCCAAAUGUCUCACACAUGAGUCUGCCGAUGAACGGAUCGCCGCACCUGGGUCAUCCUGGCGGGCUCGCACCUGGAAUGAACAUGAACUCGCACACACCUUCGCCACAUCAAUCCAAUAUGGCCGCCCCGCCCAUGAUGCCUCAGCAUAGCGCUCAAGGCACAAAUAGCAGCGUGGCCAGCGAGAACACAAGUCCGAACCUGAACAACAGUAAUAAGCGACGACGAAGUACUGUCAAAAUGGAAGGCGAUGAAACUGAGCCCGGGAACCGCGUGAAGCCCAGUCCGAGGAUGAGCAAGAAGCAGAAGCCUUGACACAUGCUUCUGUCAUUGUUCGUCGUCGGCAGUGGCGCUCUGUGCAUCAUCAGGUCGUGCUCUGGGUGGGAUGCUGCAACAUAUUUUACGACUACCCAAGCGGGAUAUUCCCCUAUUUGUUUUGCUCACCACUUGCAGAUGUUAUUGUUGUCAAUCGGCCAGCGCGGCGUUUUCUUCCUGCCGACACUGAUGGUGUUUGUUUGUUUGUCAUUGUCAUACCCGAUAUACCUGUCUGUUGUUGCCACGGUUGCCUGGGACGUACGGAGUGCAGAAC